GUUUUUCUCCUUUUUUAUUCCUCUCCUCUCCUGUCUGCAUAUGGCUCUUCUUCCCCCCUACCCCCUUUUCAGCCUCUCUGAAAAGGCACACCAAAAUUCAACAUAUAUAAUUUCGUUGUCUUUAUGUAAUUGUGCUUUCUUCUCAAUUUUUCAAUGCGGGGAGUUGAACAUAUGAAAGAUUUGCUUCCUCGCCUUCUCCCACUUCUAUACAGGCCCCCACCCCAGGAAACUAAAUAAAAUGGGUUUUCCCCUUAUGUGUGAUAGGAUUGGGGCCCGCCUCUCCAAGUGUGUUAGUUGUCAAUAGAAAAACAGCAUCUCCAGCCUUGACCCAAAGGCUGCCUGCCCCCAGGCUCUAGCCCUGAGAUCCCAGGGAAGAUCAGGAUUGCACACAGAUCCCAUUCUCCUUUGUACAGAAAAUCGGGCAGCGAUGGAGGGGUUAGGAUAGAAAGCCUAUUUUGACUAGACGCUCCUUCCAGCCGCCCGCGGGGGCCACGGACAGCUGGGGGCGGGAAGGAGUGCGGCCGGUGCGGAACGAGGCUACUGCGAGCUGGGGGCUGGAGGAGAGAGGGGCGGGGCGGGACAGGACGCGGCAACUUCGCUCGGCGGCCACUUGGGCACCAGAAGCAGCAGCAGCUGCAGCGGCAGCAGCAGUUGUGGGAGCUGCAGACAGUCGGUAGAUCCUAGCAGAACCCGGGUUUUUAGGGGUGGAGUACAGCCAUUAGUGCGGCGCUGCACGCAAAGACCCCCGAGGUUCUGGGGGAUUUACCCAGGAGAGGCCAGGAUGAAACGCCCCCUAUCUUAGUGCCCCUCAUCAUUCUCUCCAAAUGGCUGAGCUUCUGGGCUCUGGUCCUGGCUGCUGGCAGGAGGCGAAGUGAAGACCCCCGCCCAGCAGUAGCCGGAGCGCAGGGUUAAGGGAGCGCAGGGGAGGACUCCAUGGGUUGCGCAGUCCGUCAUGGUGAUGGACAUCAACAGCAGCGGCGGCGGGGUCUCGGACCCAAGCUACUACAGUAGCCUUCGCUCUUUCCUACUCCAGGAGGUGGGACAGGGUCUCCGGGACCUGAGCCCCGACGGCGGCGGCGGUGGCGGUGGCGGCGACGGGAUGAUCUCGGGCUCCUGGGAGCCGCGUCUGCUGCCGGUGAUCCAGGAGGUCACAGCCAGCCCAGGGCCAGGAUUCUCCGCGGGAAACAACACCGGCUGUGGGGAGCAGAUCAAUUAUGGCAACACUGAGAAAGUUGUGAUCGGAGCCAUCCUGUCCCUCAUCACUCUGCUCACCAUCGCGGGCAACUGCCUGGUAGUGAUCUCCGUCUGCUUCGUCAAGAAGCUCCGUCAGCCCUCCAACUACCUGAUAGUGUCGUUGGCCCUGGCCGACCUCUCGGUGGCCGUGGCGGUGAUGCCCUUCGUCAGUGUCACGGACCUCAUCGGAGGCAAGUGGAUCUUCGGACACUUUUUCUGCAACGUCUUCAUCGCCAUGGACGUUAUGUGCUGCACGGCUUCGAUCAUGACCCUCUGUGUGAUCAGCAUUGAUAGGUACCUUGGGAUAACAAGACCUCUGACGUACCCCGUGAGACAAAAUGGCAAAUGUAUGGCCAAAAUGAUCCUUUCCGUGUGGCUCCUGUCUGCCUCGAUCACUUUACCUCCUCUCUUUGGCUGGGCCCAGAAUGUCAAUGAUGAUAAAGUUUGCUUAAUCAGCCAGGAUUUUGGCUACACAAUUUACUCCACUGCAGUUGCAUUUUACAUCCCCAUGUCUGUGAUGCUUUUCAUGUACUACCAGAUUUACAAGGCUGCUAAGCGAAGUGCUGCUAAACAUAAAUUUACUGGCUUCCCUCGGGUUGAAGAAAAUAAUGAAGGUGUCAUUUCAGUCAAUGGCAUGGUGAAGCUCCACAAAGAUCCUGAAGAAUGUGCCAAUUUUUCCAGACUCCUUAAACAGGAGAGGAAAAAUAUCUCCAUCUUUAAGAGGGAGCAGAAAGCAGCCACCACUCUUGGGAUUAUUGUCGGGGCCUUUACUAUAUGUUGGCUCCCAUUCUUCAUCCUCUCGACAGCAAGGCCAUUUAUCUGUGGGACUUCCUGUAGCUGCAUCCCAUUGUGGAUGGAGAGAACAUUCCUGUGGCUAGGUUAUGCAAACUCCCUCAUUAACCCUUUUAUAUAUGCCUUCUUCAAUCGAGACCUGAGGACCACCUAUCGCAACCUGCUCCAGUGUCGAUACAGGAACAUCAACCGGAAACUUUCAGCUGCGGGGAUGCAUGAAGCUCUGAAGCUGGCUGAGAGACCUGAAUUUGUGCUGUAAGACAAAACUCUGACUACAGUCGGAAAAAAAGUCAUGAUUCAUGAUGGAGUCUGAAAUCAACAAGGAGUGAAAGAGGUGACUCACUCUUAAUGAAGAAGUUUCUGGCUUUCAAAAUACAGCUUCUCCUGUGGGAGGAACCAUUCAAAUGUGACGUCAACGUGGAUGAUCCAUUGUAUGACAUGUGCUGAUUUGGAGAGGGAUGAUCACUCUCUCUUGCUUGCUUUCCAUUUGUAAAUCAAUGCUAUUGUGUACAACUAAAAAUCAAUGUCUGUGUAUGACAGCAAGAUCAUGUUUUAGCAAUAAGCACAUUAACAAAACUGCAUUCUGUAGAAGAUGGAAACCCAGUUUCUAGUGCUUCACAUCUGUCUAAGUCUGUAUAAGUGAAAGGAAGUCCUAGUUCACAGUCCCCAUGCUUCUGAGGCAAGAUAUUACUAUGAAUAUUCAGGGAUCAUUGAUGAAAAAAAGCUGUAUUUUGUUGUAGGACAAAUAGAUAUUUUUUAAGCAAACACUGGUAAGUCGUUGUGUUGAAAAUGUUGCAUGCCCGUGUUAGAAAACAAAACUACUGUAGUCCGCUAAUAUAAACCUAGUUCCAGGGCAUUGUUUAUUUAAAGCCCCUGUCAAGUAGUUUGGCUUUUUUUUACAGAGGCCCUUGUGUCUUUCCCAUAAAAGUACUUUAUGUGUUGAUCUACUUAUUGUUCCUAUAGGACUCAUGAAUGGAUUUAAGGCUGGAAAGGGCCAGAAAGCCUGGCCAUAGAUUUUGCUUUGCAAACAGUUCUUCCUCAGGGUGCUAAGGGAAUGGGAUAAUUCAUUUCCCAAGGUUCGUGGCAACCCAAGAGGGAAAAAAGGCUGCACUGGGAGCAAUCUGUCAUGCAACAAGCAUUCAUUAAGCACUUAUUAUGCUUGUAAGUGCUGGGAUAUUAAAAGAAGAAAGACAGAAUAGGUUUCCAAACCUUGAAUUGCUUCCUAUUCUGAUGUCACAGAUCCAGUAACUGGCGGAUGCCAUUUUGUGACCAGUGUGACCAGAUUGCACUUCAAGGCAGACGUGCUUGUCGCCUGCCUGCUGCUGAAUAUUCAGUGGGAAGAACUGCUUCCUUUGAGCAUCAUCAUGCUCAACUUUGUGAAUGAAUUUGAUGGAAAAAGGAGAGUGCCCUAGAGCCUUGGCUAGAAGCCUCUGAGAAGGCCAUUAGGCUCAUUCAUUGUGAUGUCUGUAUCUUAAAGCAAAGGUGUGUAUUGAGUGAUGCAAGUCUGUCUUAUGUAAAGUCAACAAUUGAGGCAGGCUGCAGACAGAAAUGAUCCUGUCAUGGAUCUGACUUGUCAAACUGUGAGGUUCAAUAAACACAGGAUACAGGAACGAUGGUAAUUCUGAGACGGCAGAGCCAACGGGAGGAAGCCUUCAGCUCCAGGUGAUGGAUGGAGAGCCCUGUGAGCAUGUGGACAGUUUUCCCCACAGUAAAGGAGACGAUACGCUCCUCAGACUUUGUGGCUUUCUAACAGAGACCCCAGACUGGACAUGCAUGAUUUUGCUUUGGCUCUGCCUCUUACCAGGAUCAGAGAAGCACCUGCAUCCCAGAUGAAGAGAAGAUGGGUACUUAUCUUCUAGACAAAGCUGUGUCAAUAUCUUAACUGCAGACUUCAUAGAGUGACUGUACAUAAUUAUAUUCAUAAUUUAAAAGAUUAAGUAUAGUAAUAUGAAUGUUGUGUUCCAUUUGAAAAUGUUUUAUUACAUUAAAUCAAAUAAAGUCUAUUUAUAGCUGCAACAAAGUAAA